UGUUUAUCCUUCCACAAGUUUAUUUUCAUCUCGUUUUAUUUUUUAUAACUUUUUGUAACUCUUAUUUUUUGCAAUUUUCUUGGAAUUUAUUUUUAUUUUUUCGUUGUUUUAUUUAAUGAUAUAGCAUUUUCUUAAACAAAGUGACAAUUUCUUCUCUUUAUUUAUGUUUUAUACUGCUCUUCUUACUUGUCUCUUAAUAACCUCCCUUAACCGUUACAACAAACUACAGCCAAAUCUAGAGGCGUUGUUCAACUUCUUCCUUUACAAGAUAAACGACAACUUCCCGCGUUGUCCCUUGCUUUUCGCAAUCAUUCAGUACGGGCUGACAAAUUGGGCUCGGCUUCUGUUGACUAUUGUUGCGCAUUUCUACAAACCCCACCAUAUCCCACCAGGGACAAGGGAAAGCAUCAAACCAACGUGUGACCCAGGGCCGUCAAAGUCGCGCAACCGAGCAAAGCUGGACAAACAAAAGCGACCGAAAGGUGUCGGAGGAGGGAUCUCCCUUUACCGGGCCGAAAUGGUUGUAAGGUCUCAGUUCUCGGCCAGAAAUAUCUUGCCGGUGAUCGGCCGUUUAUUGUUGCGCCGGCAAUUACAACAGGGAAAACAUGUGACGGAAUACAAGGGGGGGUUUCUUGUGCUCCCGGGAGAGAAAUGAUCUUCCGACGGUGGGAUAAUAACCGGCCAUGGUGUGUGUUUGCGGCUGUGUAUUGUGUGUUAAAGUUUGGGUUUGAUUGGCAUUUGUGGAAGGUUAGUUUUGUCAGCUAAAAUCGGGCGUGUAAUGCUCAAUAGGUACAUUUCUUUCACACACUUAAAUAAGCUUUACAAUUUGGAGAUUUUGAUUCCAGUAGAAACAAAUGACUGUUAUCUUCUAGAAAUCAUCAUACGAACUAGAGAGCAAAUUUAAAUAGCUAAUAGUUAUUACACUUCUCGAACAAAUUCCAAAAUCUCCUUAGUUCAAUCCCAAUCUUCAUCUCGAUUGAUGAUCCGAGACGAAUCGUUAAAUGGCCGUAAGAUAAACAGAAACUUCCCCCAACGUUUAAACCCCAAACCAAACACCAACAGUGUGUACGACUAACAUCUGACAGGCCCGUGCUGUCAGUUAGCGUCGCCAUGGCUACCGGAUGCACCGCGUGGAUAGUUAACUUUAUUAGCCCAGUGUUGCUGCCUGGGGUAGGAUUACAAAUCUCCCCUUCGCCUUAUCUUAUCGGCUUGUUCUUACACCGAUACGCUGUUUAUUGUGUUUCGAUAGCAAUUUAGCGACACGGUACCGUGCUCCCGCUGAGUGUGCCGACCAUUAACUCCUACAAGUAUGCAUGUGUCAACCAGCACCGAAUGUCGUCCUGCUAGCAUGGGGAGGGGGAAAGAAGCCAAACACGGUCCCGUGCCAGCAAAUUGUAAUCCUAUGAAAAUUGAUUUCCGGCACAUUGUUUACACCUUCCCGGCAGACUUAGCUCCUCUUUAGCAAAUAGCAGCAAAACGGCUUAAAGUUUGCUCUCUUGCCCUCUAUCCCUAUCUUCAUCAAAAGGGAGUAAAUGUAAAUUAAUUUAAGGGCAAAAUGUACUUGCGUUAGAAUUCUUAUAAACCACACAUAAUAUCCCUGAAACUACCCUUUUUUUUUUCGUUAGCUCUAGGCUUACGGCCAGCGAUGACGUUUGAGUUUUGAUUCGGUUCCUGGCAGCUACUACUGCGUGCAGAGGGCGCUUCCCGCACACUGGGCGCACUGUUGACGCGGACGAGAUUUCUCAGCCGGCGGAGACAUAAUGAAGAUUAAUUGCGCUCAAAAUUAAACCACCGAAGAAGGCGGUGUGCGGAACCGGAAAAAGACAGGGGUGAAAAAAUGGAUCGUCCUUUUUUUUUGCCCUGCCCAGGGGGUGAAAAGUGAAAGUGUACUGAAUGAAGUUGUUCCCUAAAAGGAUAAUAUUAUAGCAACCAACAAAAAAUCCUCAUCAGUUUUUAUGGGCAAUUUUAAAACGCCCACCAUCCAAAACCAUAUUCUUCGCGCCAUCGCUCUCUCUCUCUCUCUCUCUCUCUCUCUCUCUCUCUCUCUCUUUCGGAGGGUUAAUCGUGAUUUAGCGUAGUACUACCGCACCGCCGGGUCCACCAGGAUUGGAUUAUCCGUUUUUGAUUGAUUCCCGGAGCCUUGGGUCUUGGAACGCUUUCUUCCUUCCGCCCCGGGUGUUCCUGCUCGAAGGAGCAGCGAUUCAUCAUCUUUAAGCUAUUAUUACCCGUUUUUAUGCGCUGAAUCUGUCCCAUUUUGUGCGGUUCUGGUGGUCCCAUCAACAGCGCCGUCCAGAUUUAGAUUGAUUGCUCCCUCGCUCUCUCUUUCUUCGAGCUGAAUGUAAUUAAAUGUUAUGAACAAACGAAUCGGUGCCUAUUAAAUGAGCAAUAAAAUACAUUUGUCAUUGUUUACACUGGCCGCACUAAAGGGUGAGAAAUGGUUUGAUUUUAAAUCGUUAAUCUUUUGUAACGAUAUAAAAAUGGCAAAUAAAAUUUUGUUUACACGUAACCAUUUACAAUUCAGCCCACAUAGAGUGCGCGUCAAUCCCACAGUUCAUCUCCAAUGGCAACGCGUGCUCGGUAGCCAAUGGCGACUGGAAUUGGUGAAGAUGAACAUUACCACGAAGACGGGGCUGAUCGCUUCCCCCCGGAAGCGGAUCGUGCGCCCGAAGAAAGAGUUCGAUCCGGCCGUGCUGGCACCGUGUGCCAUCACGCGCCAGGUCCCGUUGGCGCUGCGACCCUUCGGCGGUUUGUACAACCCCUACUCGAAAGGCUGCUCGGUGCUGUGCAAUCAUCCGGCGGCCCAGGAGGUGAAAAAUGUGGUCCGUCUGGCAAAGGACGCCUGGAUCACGGAGGCCAAGGUGGCUAAUUUGCACGGGCAUGGUGGUGGUGGUGGUGGUGGUGGACCGGCGGGCACGGCCACAGCGGCCCUGAUGGAUCGUGCCGGUGCGACGUUGGUCGAUGCGGACGGCAAGGCGCGGCCGGGCGACGGCACCGAACUGCCGGACCACGUGCCGGAGGAGUUUUUUCGCCGCUACACGGACACGGAUUCGAGACCGCUGACGCCGACACCGACGGUGGCCAGCGGACGAACGCGUGUCAGUGUGGGCGGUUCGCAUCUGGCGCGCCGGUGCGUCACGCCGGAACCGCAGACCGCCAACGGGCAGGAGCGCAAGCAGCUGAUACUGGACCUGCGCCGCAGCCACAGCCAGGAGACGCUCUACUGGAACGCGUCUUCCGAGCUGAGCCCGAGCCAGCUGCACGACGGCGGUGGUGGUGGUGGUGGUGGCGGAGGCGGCCUCGCGCUCGGGUACGGCGGUACCGGCGAACGGGGAGCGACCGGACCAACGGGCGUUGGUGGGGGAGCAGGUGGGGCCGCAGCCCAGUCGGCCGUCGCGGACGAUACCGGACGGAGUGCGGGAGUCGGCGGCGCGGACGAGAUGAAGCUGCUGCGUGGGGAAUCCGAUACCGAGCCCGGCUCUGGUGGCCGAGCGCCGCCCCAACCGAUGACCUGUAUCAACGCGAUGGACGAUGGGGAGGAGGACCCACCGAGGCGGCGCGGUAAGCGGCGCAAAAAGUCCAAGCAGCUCACGCAAACGAUCAGCUUCGUGCCGAACCAGGAUCCGGAAACGCAGAUCGCUAAAAUUGACCCGGACUCGCCGAACUACUCCGCCCGUCCGUCGCUGGUGCCGACGGGGAAGAAUCUGCUCUGCCUGGCGCAGGACCUCACACCUCCGGCCGGUUUCGGUGCGGGUGGCACUCAGGAUGGGGUGGGGCAGCCCGCCGAGGAGGAUUGCUUUCUGGACGAUGAGUCGCUGGGGUUGCUACGCCGCGGUCUGAACAUUGACAUCGUGGAGAUGAUCUUCGAGCGUUAUAAAGGACGCGCAAUUCGGGAAGCCUUCCGGACGGCGACGAUGGACAAGCUUAACUUUCAAACCGAAGCCGUCCGAACGCUGCAACGGUCGGCGAAGCAGCUCAGUGACGUUGACUACGAGAAGUGGAUUGAUCUACCCCGGAAGUACUCCAGAUCUUCGGCCCGGUUUGAGCUGCCAAUUGAUACCCGCAAACUAACCCGUAUGACCCCGAUCGAGUAUCUCCACGAUUACGUUGUGCUGAGCGAUGACCGGAAGCAGCUCUACCAUCGGAUCUUCGCGCGCAAUCUACCCCGAGAGGAACCGAAAGCGUCCGGUGUGCUGGAAAGCAUUGACAGUGACUCACUGCCCGAAACGGAAACGGGACCGAUCGAGGUAGAUAGCACGCGGAAUCUGUUGGCGGACGUGACGCGCUACAUUCCGAUGGACUGUUUCGAUAAGGCGCUCCACGAAGCACUCGGUUUUCACGGAACACCGGAACGGAUAGCGGCCAUUCGGGAGCUGUUGGAGCUGAACUACGAUCCAUUCAACGAGCUGCACAUAGACUUCCGCACGUGGUGCGGAAUAGUGGCGUUCUCGGAACGCUUCAUCAAUACGCUUGACCGCGAGCAGGACCCUUGUGACGAGCUCGAAAUGGUGGAUUUUGAAUCGCUGGAAAGACGGGUCCGGUGGGCUCGACCGUCCGAAAGCCUCUGCCAAGUCUUGCAAAUCAUUAAAUACCAUUAAGCGAAAGGGUUGUUUGGGCUUACGGAGGAUUUUCGCGCCAGUUGUGUUUGCCCAAUCGAUUAAACAAAGGGCAGCGGGGAAACAAGUGUCAGGGACGUGCCUUCUGGGUAAAGGGACUAGCUUAACUUCUAACCGCACCCAGCGAGAUCUGAUUGUUUAGGACUGAUGCCGGGUUUCCGGGUUCGCCUGCAGGCUGUGUCCCGAAAGGAUCAACGCUUAACCCGCUCAAAGGACUCUUAAUUAAUCACGCUAAAGUGUAGAGUAUCAUAGCCGAUGCUGCCCUUAGGUGUGUUUGUGCAUAUGGUGGAGGCUGUUGGCCUUAUUUGGGACAAGAUUGGUGUGGUUGUCGAUACUGAAGCCAGUGAGUGUGAUUAAAAAGCAAGUUAAUUCCCUUAAACCACUAAGUUUAAGGUAAAGCGCUGAGUUAGAGGCGCGCUAUUAACAAUUUAAAGUCUUUUAAGAUACCAUUUCGUAUUCACUAAUAUUGUUAGCUCUUUAGUGUCCCGGUAAUGUCCUUCAACAACCACUGGGCUUUGCUGGAACAACCCAUUAAUAACUAAAGGGGGAAAUGGUUGGAUGAUGUACAUCCAAAGCCUUCAUCGUCUAGAACAAUCAGAGAGGAUCUUCACGAGUGCUUGAAUGCUCCCGCACUAAACCUGGCAGAAUGUGGUGAACUAUACACAACUUUUAAAGGUAAAGAAACGUAGUUUUGACAGUCUGGAUCGAUCACAUACAAGAGAUGCUGGACCAGCAACAAAGCCACAGUAGCAGAACAGAGCUACAUUAGAACAGCUGCUAGACGAAGACAUCGGGGCUAUCAAGGAACGCUGGACGAAAGGCUACCAAGAAAUGGAUGCAACAAAUCAACUGGCAUCGAUGAGCUUCUCGGAGGUUUUCUUCAAUUUCUGAUUUCAUCGGUUGCUACCAAACUUGUCUGAAAUGAGACCUACAGUUGAGGUUGAGGCAGUAAGGUGAGUUAAGGACCACAAUGGACCGAAUGCAGUGCAAGAUGGAAGUAUCAAACAUGUUGUUGGAGCCAAUUCAGUGCAGUGCUCUACAAGGAAUCAUUAAGCAUCGGCGUCGACAUCACACAGCACAGAAUUCCACGAGUUUCUCUCGGACUUAAAAAUUACUUAGCUUCGCGGAUGACAUCGACAAUAUUCGGCAUGCAUCUACGGUUAGGAGCGAGAAUGACUACAAAACCAUGAAGUCCUUAGAAG